UAUUCGGCUAAAAUGCCCUGGCACGGGCAUACGUAGUCGUCGGUCCGCCAUUACGACGCAGCCGAGACACGUUCGUCGUAUUUAGUUAGAUAUUUUCAUUUAUAAAUGAGUAAUAACGCUCAUGAUCUAAGUAAUCGACUACUGAAUGCGUUGGAUAACAAUUACAAUGUUGUCGACAUGCAUGCCGUUAACGAAAUCAUAUCCAUUUUGGAAAAAAUUAAUAUCACAAAAGAGUUGCUGGAGACCACCCGACUGGGUAAGCAUGUGAACGAGCUGCGACGCAAGACGUCGGAUCCUACGCUCGCGCGGCGCGCCAAGAUCCUCGUCAAGAGGUGGCGGGACUUGGUCAUACCCUCUGUGACAUCGCCCGGCCACACCGGAUCAAAUCGAUCUUCAGCUGAGCGAUCAGUUCGACGGCUCGGUGGCACUCCUCUCACUUCGCCAGCCCUCUCCAGGGUAAGAAAACCAGGGGACACCAUUACAAAGGUGGUGAGCCCGGCUGUACCCAGUCCUCGCCCACCAUCACGACCUGCAUGGGGUGGCUACGAGUCGGACUCACAAGAUGUCAUCCUGGUGGACGAUGACCCGCCCCCGCCCGCGCCGCCGCCAGCACCGUUCAAGUCACACAUACCACCUGUAAAAAGGACACUAUCGCCGGCGAAUCCACACGAUGAAAAGAAAGCGAAACGAGACAAAAAACCCAAGAAAAGAAGGGGCUACAGUCGUGCAGGGUCGGGCGCGGAAGCGGCGGCGGGCGCCGGCGGGGCCGAGCCGGCGCCGGCGCCGCUGCCCCCGGCCGCCCCCCUCGCGCCCCACGCCCCCGCCGCCCCCCUAGCCCCCCACGCCCCCCUGGCCCCGGCCGCGCACCAGCCGCCCGCCGCCGCCUGGGGGGCACGCAACGGCUCCGCGCACUCGGACCGGCGGCGGAACGGCUACCGGAGGAAUGCCGUCGACCCCUACGCUGCGCUAGUUCAUAGGAUGCCGCCCGCCGGCGCUAAGAAAGUUAAGACUACUAAGGAACUCUUAGAGGAGAUCCAAUCGCGGAAAGGCGGCAAGCCGGCCGCGUCCCCAUCGCCACCCGGCUCGCCCGCUUCUCCCGACGUGAUGCUUAUAGAGCCCGAGGUGUGUACUGUGAAAGUGGAGUCUCCCCUCCGCAAUGGAGGCAGCGAGCCGCGGGCGCCGUCGCCGGCGGUGGCCGCGUCGCCGCUGCCGCCGCUCGAGGACGAGCGCGAGUACGUGGAGUGCACGUGCGGCACCGAGCUGGCCGACGCCGCGUGCCCGGCGGCGGCGGCGGGCGGCGGCGUGCGGCCGCUGCACGUGCGCGCGCUGCACCACGCGCUGCUGCCCGGGGUCAACGGCACGCGCGCGCCGCCGCUGCCGCACCGCUACGCCGUGCGGCCCGCCGCCUGCCCGCGGCGCGCCGGCCUCUUCGCCAGCGUCGUGCCGCUCUACAACUACUCCGACUACGCGGACGACUACUGCGCCAAGAACAUGGACCGCGUGCCGCUCUGCUCCCACCUGCCCUGGACGGAGUUCGCGCCGCCGCCGCCCUCGCCGCCGCCGCUGCGGCCCUACCCGCUCCACGACGACGACGACGGCGCGCCCGAGCCGAGCGACAGACUGAAACCGCCGGCGGGCGCGGGCGCGGGCGCGGGCGCGGGCGCGGGCGCGGGCGCGGACGAGCCGCGGGCCGCGGCCGACACGCCCGAGCACCGCACCGUGGAGCGCACGAGAGCGGAGCCGGCGCCGGACGGGCGCGGGCUGGUGGCGGCGGCCGCGCGGGCCCGCGCCGCCGUGCGCUACGACUACGCGCAGCUGGCGGCGGCGCCCGUGCUGGCGCUGCCGACCGCCGGGCCCGACGCCGCCGACGCGCUGGCCGCGGCGCUGGCGCGGGCGGCACAGGACACGCGGCGCGACGAGCUGGGCCGGCCGCCGCGGCCGCCGCUGUUCGCCGAGUGGCACGAGUGCGCGCAGCUGGGCGACCUGGUGGCGCUGCCGUACGUGGUGAUCGACUGACGCCCGCCCCGCCGCCGCCCCGCCGCCCCACCCCCGCCACCCCCCGAGUGCCAAAGCCGCGCGCCGCGCCGCGACCCAAGUGUCCUUACGUUAGAUAUAAGCGCAGC